GCUUAUGAACAAGCGAAUGAACGAAAGGAAGGGAGUGAGGGCGAAGAAAAACAUUUGUGGCGAUGAAUUACGACCUAAAGGACGAGGAACAGGCGAAAGCUUAUUUGGAAAGAGUGGGAGUUGAAUAUAGAUUUCAAUGCUUCCACGAAAAAUCUCCAGAAGGCUGCCACAGACUGGCUGAUUAUUUUGAAUCUGUGAAAAAAGAAAAUGAACGAGCAGCAAAAAUGUACAAAUCAACCUGUGAUGACUAUCACUAUGGUCAUAGUUGUUAUAAAUAUGGGAAUUACAGAACUGUAGGACAAGGGUGUGAAAAAGACAUAACAGAAGCAAUUAAAUAUGAGACCAAAGGAUGUGAUUAUGAUUACAUUCCUGCAUGUUACCAGACAGGAAUCUUAAGUCUAAGUAAAGGACAUCAGAAUAUUCCAAAUGCCGUAACCUAUCUCACCAAAGCUUGCUCAAAUAAUCACCCUCUUGCAUGUUUUAAUCUCAGCGCACUUUAUAUGCGAGACCAGACUGAAUUAAAGAAAGAUAUGAAAAAAGCUUUUGAAUUAGCAUUAAAAGGCUGUGAACUUGGACAUCUUUAUUCUUGUGUGAAUCUUAGCAUUAUGUAUCGGCGUGGUGAUGGUGUGGAUCAGAAUUCUGAAUUAGCUGAUAAAUAUAAGAAAAAAGCCCAGUCAAUGAGAGAUGAGCUAGUCAAAUCAGAACAGACUAUUCGAAUGAAUGAGUGAUAAUGCUCCAUCUAGUUUAAUAUUUGGUACUCUAGGAAAAGAAUGAUCUCACCUGCUGUUUUGUCUUCUUGUGCGAAUUUCGACUUCUUUUUCACUUCACAAAAUAUCUAUUCUUAAUUUGUUUGUAAAUAAAUUUUGAAACUAGAUUUUACAAAAAGAAA